AUGCUCUUCCGCCGCCCGUCGCGCUUCGUCGCGCUCACGCACAAUUUGAUGGAUGCUCUCCACCUCGACCAGCUGCUGCCGCGCUACCGGCGGUUCGCGCGCGCGGCCGCGCGCCACGGCGGCGUCGGCGUCGCGCUGCUGCAAGAGGACGUCGACGGCGCGGCCGACGAGGUCGCCCGGGCGCUGGGCCUCGACGGAGUCGCGCGCUGCCCGACGGAGCCGCGCCUCGCGACGGUCUACGACGCGCGGCGCUACGCCGCCGUCGACGUGAGGGCCGUGCCGCUGCCCGCGCUCGCGGCGCUCGCGCCGCACGAGCGGCUCUACAUUAAAGGCGGCGCGCCGGAGACGAAGCGCGCGCUGGCCGUGCGCCUGCGGGCCCGCGCCGCGCGGCCGCUCUUCACGCUGAACCUGCACCUCGACGCCGCGGGCGACAACGCGCACCGCGCCGGGCAGCUCGCGGCGGCCGUCGCCGCGGCGCCGCCGCCGCGGCGCGACGUCCUCCUAGCGGGCGGCGACACGAACUGCUUCGCGCUCGACCGCGGCCGCCAGGCGCGGGACCUCGCCAGCAUGCUGCUUCCGUUAACACGGGCGGGCGCCCGCGACGCGCACGCGCGCGCCCCGGCGGACACGCACUUCUUCGCGCGGACGACGGAAAGUGGUAUCGGCCACCGCCUCGCGCGGCUCGCCGGCGCGGUCGGCGUCGACGCGCCGCGGCGCUACGACGUGCUGGCGGCCGCGGCGCGCGUCGUGGCCGCGGGCUACCUGCACACGCCCGAGUCGGACCACGACGGCGCCUGGGCGGCGCUCGAGUACUGA